AUGAACCAGCUCAUUUUUUUUGUUCUGCUCCCGAUGGUCGGCAUCCCUCUUAUGUCGUUGGCAACAGCAUGGAUCCAGCCCUUUAUUACCGAGUUCCGCAGAUGGAUGGCAAAUGACAUCAACAACGACCUCGACGUCUUGGACGAUAAAUUAGCUGCCUUUAAAAAGGAGAUGGACGAGCUCGAGGAGCUGUUAGAGGCAGAAGAGGCAGAGUUUCGGGUUCGGAAAAUACAGGCAUACACCAUUCUACAUGACACGCCAACCGUGCAUCAAGCUACGGCUGUGCGCGAUGAGGCGGCUAGGUGGAAAUUCCGACGGCGCGAGCUUCGCCGCAGAGCAAAAGCUGCAUUGAAGGGCAAAAGAGAAUUUCUUCUUGAGAUUUCUCGGGACCUAAAUGACAGGCCAAGAGCCCUUGAGGCAAAUCCUUAA